AUGGCUUCUUCUCGCUUCACUGUCUUUCCGCUAGUCGUCUUGUCCAUCUUCUCCCUUUCACUGGUUGGAGAUGCAAACAAACUUAAAUCAUCGCCAUUUGAGUCAGCACUUGACACGCUGCAGAAUCAAAUCGGCUAUGCUUUCAAGAACAUUGGUUAUCUUCGCCAAGCAAUGACACACUCCUCAUUCUCUGAGGAGAACAAUAAGGCAUUUAGCAUUCUGGGAUCAAAUGUGAUCGACACAUCUGUCUCUAUGUAUUACAUUGGAAAGGACAUUGGAAUCUCCUCGAAAGAACUCAACCGCCGGAUAGCAGAAAACUCUAAAGUGGAUACUUCAUGUGCUGUUGAUGGGAUGAGAUUGGGAUUGCACAAGGUGGUUAGAGUUUCUUCCAAGACUAAUUCGACGACUCCUUCAGUGGUUUGUGGUGCUUUUAGAGCAAUAUUUGGGGCUGUUGCUAUUGAUACUAAGAAGGUUGAUGAUGCUGGCAUUGUGUUUUGGAAGGUUCACGGUAGUGAGGUUGGAAAAGUGAUGGUUAUGUAA